AUGUUCAAGAAAAUGUUUAAGGAUGUUUUGAAAUAACAACACUUAUUGAUGGAAUUUCCUAUAUAUUUGAAUAAGUACAUGUGUCGUAUAUAAAAACCUGUUCGGUGUUUGUUUAUCUAAUAGAAAAUUACAAAAGGAAUAGCGCAGUUUAGUUGGAAGUUUUAAACGUUAUAUUAUUAUCACAGGCGUAGAAAAAGAUGGAUUUAUCAACCGUUGUUUACGUAGUUGUGGUUGUCCUGUUGAAUGUUAACAAUGGAGUGUGUCAAGGGAAUACCGUCGAUGUCAAAGCCAGCAAUGAUAAGGGCAAAGUUAAAGGAUCAAUCGCCUUUAAAAGAAAUCUAGGAGGCGGUUGGAGCGUGAAUGCUGGGGGGUGGGCUGACAAUAAGGGCGGGUCAGGAGCAAGCGUUGGAGUCUCGUUAAAGUUUAAGCGGAGUGCUCACAAGAUUGGGUCACUGUUCACAGUCACUUUGAAAGCCGACCAAUGUGACUUCAAGUUUUAUGACACGAACGGAGAUGGCGUUAUUCUGCCCGAUGAAAUGAUUGCAAUAUUCGAUAACACUUAUAGCACCAGGAUCUUAUUCCAACAUCUGGAUAUAAUAAAUGAAAACGGCAAGAUUGAACAACUCGAGUUUGAACGAGUUUCACCGACGGUUAUUGAUGGCUGUGCUAUAAAGCAGUAACGGGAAUUCUAUCAUUGUUUUAUUUGAAAUUUA